UGAUAUUCUGGCAUUUAUGAUCUUAACAGCUGUGGUGGCGUAGGUGUAUUUUUUAUUAUAAAUCAUUUAUUGAAAAAAAGCAAAAAUGUUCAAAAAUUACACCUACUUUGUAACUACAAAGCAGACAAAUCACUAUAUCGAUUUGUAUUACAGUAGUUGCUUAGAUAAUAAAUUAUAUUAUAAAUGCAAGAAUGUCGAACACAUUUCUCACCCCUUGAAACGGCUAGCAAAUCGCCUUCGUAACUUGACAUUCGAACUCUAUCUAAACCGACCUUCGUCCACCCAUCCGUUCAUAACAAGUUUCAUUUUUCUGUGUCGUUCCUCUGCCCGUGUCAAGUUUUGAUGAAUUAAUAAUUAAUCAAUGUACGAUUAUUUACCUCUUGUCGUAAUUUUUAUGUGCCAUUUAAAGUGUCCUGUCAAUCUGUUUGCUAUUUACAAUUCAAUUAAACUGAUAUUUUUACAGCCGAAAAGAUAAAUAAUAUACUGUAUGUACACCCCGCAUUUGAAUUAUAUAUACUACGUAUACCGUCUCUGAUAGAACAAUAUGUAAAUGAUAGACAAAAUGAUAUAACAAUAUAGAGGACAUCAAUUUUAAAAAAACUGAUAUUUUUUUUGUUUUUGUGAUAUGUAAAUAAACAACCUGCACUUAAAUACUUUAAUAUUUUUCUCAGUUCUGUUGUCGUCCUUAAAGUUCUCGCUUGCCUUAGUCCAAGCGACUAUUCUGGCUUUGAGUAGCCCACUCGACUGUUUGUGAAGUACACGAUGAUGUAGUUAUAAUAACUCAACGUUCGCAUGGACUAGCCUCCACGCGGGCGCUGAGGUGCGAGCAACAGCGAGCAGAGAAGAGCACAGCUAGGCCUAUAUGCGGAGCGUCGGUCGAGGCUUGCUAUCGCUUGCCUUGAUCGACACUGAACAUGGGAAAUAGGCAGCAGUACUAGUUCAAGGUGGAAAUUGUAUACGUACGAGCAAACAUUUUUAAUCAUUGCGAAAAAAUUAGAAUAUAAAAUUUGGCAGAAACUCGAUUCUCUUGUGAAUAUUCAUUAGACACGUUAGCAAUUGAACAAGUUUGAUGCAAUAUAUUAAUAGAAAGAACAUCGUACAUCAUCAAUCAACUGGAAUUAAGUCUUAUUAAAUAUAGAUCUCUUAGGAAAACUAGAACAAAUGAAAAUAUCAGAUUUUAUAAAAGGAAUAGAGAAAAAUAGAGAUGUUGCCGAUACUUCAGGUUAAGGUCAACAGGAAAGAUCAUAUGACGACAUUUUGCCAAAAAAAAAAAAAACGUUCUUGUUUUUAACGGUGUUUAGCAGUGAGAAGAAACUUUAACGUGCAAUAUUUUUGGUUGUGAUUGUUAGCUUCCUCUUGGUGCUGAAGUUCUCUUAGAGUAAAAAAUUACGUGGUGAAUUUAAAGUAACGUAAAAUAAAUUUUUUGUAAAUUCUUUCAAUUAUGGGUAAACGAUUCUUAUCGUACGAUUUAAACCGAAGCUACUUAAUCGAUACGCUAUCUCUUUUUUAUGGUAUCGGAUCGUGGAUUGCCAUGACCGGAUUAUGGGUAGAACUUCCCGUACUAACACCAAAAUUACCAGAAGGUUGGAGUUUGGCUUCGCGUCUAGCUUUAGUGUUACAAUUUGCCAACGUUUCUUGUAUCAUUUAUGGAAUUGGAAAGAAAUAUUGGCCACGUUAUUUCAACGAAGUUACAGGAACGCAUGCACAAAUGCUCAUAGGGGCUCUAUCGUGCAUCUUGCUCAUCCCUUUUUGGCAUAUGACUGUAUAUAAUCACAGUAUAUCUCUGUUUAUCCUAUCGUUUGGAUUAGCUAUCGUUGAUUGUGCAUCUUCUAUAGUCUUUGUUCCUUACAUGGCACGGUUUCCGUCCAUUUAUAUGACACCCUACUUAAUUGGAGAAGGUAUCAGUGGAUUUCUGCCGAGUAUAGUAGCAUUGAUCCAAGACGUAGAAGAACUAAAGUGCAUUAACGUCACCUCAGUACGUAAUAAUCAAACAAUUAUCGAGCCGAAACUUUUCAUAGAAGAACCACGAUUUCCACCCGAAGUAUUUUUUGCAAUUUUACUUGCCAUGGUGAUGCUAAGUUGGAUUUCCUUCUGUUUACUAAACUAUUUACCUGUCUGCAAGAGCAAAAUGAUUUUAUCAAAAACGGAAUUGAAAACGUGCGACGAUUUCAAAGAAAAUUUCGAGCUCGAUGAGGCCGAAGAACUAAGAUCUCAGAAAGUCAACACAAUUAAACACGAAGAAUGUUCAAUCUCUAAAAGCUUGUAUAUAUAUUUAUUAUUUUUAGAAGCUCUUGCUUCAUUGACAACGUUUGGUAUCUUUCCAGCAAUUCAGCCAUAUUCUUGUCUUCCAUACGGGACCCAAGAAUAUCAUCUUUCGGUGACGCUUUCUGGAUUGGCUUACCCUUUAUCGUGUCUUUUGGCUUUAUUUGUGGAAACAAAAAGCAUUACGAAAAUCUCCAUAUUGUCGGCUAUAUCCACUGUUAUAUCUAUUUAUUUGCUGACGACAGCCAUAAUGAGUCCGCUGCCUCCUCUAGUGAAUACCAACUCGGGCUCUAUAAUAAUUGUGUGUAGUUGGGUGUUGUUUAUUGGUAUAUUUUCAUAUGUGAAGACUAUGAUCGCUCUUCUGAUGAGAAACGGAGGAAACAAUGCACUGUUUUGGUAUGGAGCUGUGACACAAAUAGGAGCUGCUGUUGGCGCUGUUCUUAUGUUUUUGUUGGUCAACGUUGCAAAUGUAUUCCAGGAUGAAGAAAACUGUGCUAUUUAAAAAUCUAUAUAAAGAAUGGGAUAUUCAGCUGUAUGAGUAGUGUACUCUCUAUGUAGUUUAAAACUACUUUUAAAAAUACUUUAUUGUAGUCUAUAACUCAAAAUUUAAAUAAAAAUUAUUUAAUUACUU